UAUCUUUCUUUUUCAGGUUUGGACCAAUCAGAAAUACUACGAAACAAUCAUUAUACACUGCGCACCGUGAGUUUUUGGUUAGGAUCUGUUGUGCAGAGCCAGUCCUCUUGCUGGAAGCGCUGCUGGCGAGCAUCAGUGGAUGGUUGGGCCAGCACUACCUUCCACUCAAAGUGUGACAACAAAGGGCCCACACUGACCAUUAUCCACGUGGGAUUAUACAUCUUUGGUGGAUACACCAGCACAUCAUGGGGUAAGUGAAUCAUUGAAUGCUUUCACCUGAUUAGUUCUCUUCAGUGAAACGUUUUAAGUCUCCCUUCUAUAAUAACAUGAACCUGAAAAAAAAUUCUGGCAUAAAGUUUGUGUUGUCUGAUUGUCUGAUUAGAAUUGAAUUUUGACACGAGAUCAUGCUCGAUUAGGAAAAGCUGUUCCCUGUAUUUAUGCAAAAACUUCUUUUAUCAUCGAGAAAAACUGACAUUAAACGGGCGAUAGAAAGUUCAUUCGAUAACUUUUUUUUUCAUUGUAGUUGUUAACUAA